AAACCCCGCUGCCGUCUCUGCUGCUGCUGCUGCUGAGUGGGUGAAGCACUUUAUUCAGAAAGUUCGGCUGCCUCUGACGGCUCCGGGGCUUUGAAAAAUGGACAGCCAAGGACGAAAAGUGGUGGUUUGUGAUAACGGAACAGGGUUUGUCAAGUGUGGAUAUGGCGGAUCCAACUUCCCAGAGCACAUCUUCCCAGCACUGGUGGGCAGACCCAUCAUCCGAUCCACGGCUAAAGUGGGCAACAUUGAGAUCAAGGAUCUAAUGGUGGGGGAUGAGGCAAGUGAGCUGCGGUCAAUGCUUGAGGUGAACUAUCCCAUGGAGAAUGGCAUCGUCAGGAACUGGGACGAUAUGAAGCACCUGUGGGAUUACACCUUUGGUCCAGAGAAGCUCAACAUUGACUCGCGUAACUGCAAGAUACUUCUCACAGAACCUCCCAUGAACCCCACCAAGAACCGCGAGAAGAUCAUUGAGGUCAUGUUUGAGACAUACCAGUUUGCAGGUGUUUACAUUGCCAUACAGGCUGUGCUAACACUUUAUGCUCAAGGUCUUCUGACUGGAGUAGUGGUGGAUUCGGGCGAUGGUGUAACCCAUAUUUGUCCUGUGUAUGAGGGCUUUUCUCUGCCCCAUCUGACGAGGAGACUGGACAUUGCAGGAAGAGACAUUACACGCUAUCUCAUAAAGCUGCUCUUGCUGCGAGGUUAUGCCUUCAACCACUCGGCGGAUUUCGAGACGGUGCGCAUGAUGAAGGAGAAGCUCUGCUACGUGGGCUACAACAUCGAGCAGGAACAGAAGCUCGCUCUGGAGACCACAGUACUGGUGGAGUCCUACACGCUGCCUGAUGGCCGGGUUAUUAAGGUAGGAGGUGAGCGGUUCGAAGCCCCUGAGGCUCUGUUCCAGCCUCACCUCAUUAAUGUGGAAGGGGUCGGAGUGGCUGAACUUCUCUUCAACACCAUUCAAGCAGCAGAUAUCGACACAAGGGCUGAGUUCUAUAAACACAUUGUUCUGUCGGGGGGAUCAACCAUGUAUCCUGGACUGCCCUCUCGACUAGAGAGGGAACUUAAACAGUUGUAUCUAGAGCGGGUACUGAAGGGUGAUGUCGACAAGCUCUCGAAAUUCAAGAUCCGGAUCGAGGAUCCUCCCCGGCGCAAGCACAUGGUGUUCCUGGGUGGGGCCGUGCUGGCUGACAUCAUGAAAGACAAAGACAACUUCUGGCUCACGCGGGAAGAGUAUCAGGAAAAAGGUGUACGUGUUUUGGAAAAGCUCGGAGUCACCGUCAGAUAAACACGGAUGCAGUUCCCAUAAACCACAAUGGCUCUAGCAUCUGUCAAUUGAUCUAUUUUACGUUACCCAUAUCUUGUCUUCAACCUCUUUUGCCAGUGACUCCUGUCGUCACAGAUGCAGAGAAAUGGGUUUGGAUUGUGAAGUGUGUUGGGGAGGCUUUGUAUUAUCUAUUUCAGUUUUUUUUGGUCCUCUGUCACUGCACUGAUGUACAAGUUGCACAGAAUUGUCGUCAGAUGUCAUUGCGGUUUCUAACAGCACUUGUGUAGCAUUUAAAGGAAUAUUCUGGGUUCAAUACAAGUUUAAUCAACAGCAUUUGUGGCAUAAUUUUGAAUACCACAAAAAUAUUUUCAACUAGUCCCUCGUUUAUAUAUAUAUAUAUAUAUAUAUAUAUAUAUAUAUAUAUAUAUAUAUAUAUAUAUAUAUAUAUAUUAACGAGGUUACAAUGAGGCACUUACAAUGGAAGUGAAUGGGACCAGUCCAUAAAUGGUAAAAUACUUAAUGUUUUAAAUGUAUAGCCACACGAUGUGAACAUUAUACAUGUUCAAAUGAUUUUCAUGUGAAAAAAAAAGAGAAAUCGCUUAAAGACAGUAUCUGUGUAACGUUAUAUCCAAUGUUGGGAUUACGUUUUUUGUUGUCAUUACAACAAAGUUGGAAUAUUAGAUAAUAUCAGAUAUAACCAUUCACUUCCAUUGUAAGUGCCCUACUGUAUCCACAAUUUUUGCUUGUAUUUUCUUUUUUUUUUUAAAGGAGGAACAAGUCAAUUGCACAAUUGCACUAUAUUGAAAUAUUCCUUUAAAAGAAUCAUUGAUGACCUUAAAGGGAUAGUUCACCCAAAAAUAAAAGUUCUCUCAUCAUUUACUCACCUUCAUGCCAUCCCAGAUGUGUGUGACUUCUGCAGAACACAAAUGAAGAUUUUUAGAAGAAUAUUUCAGCUCUGUGGGUCCAUACAAUGCAAGUGAAUGGGUGCCAAACUUUUGAUGUUCCAAAAAGCACAGAAAGGCAUAAAAGUAAUUCAUAAAACUCCAGUGUUUUAAUCCAUAUCUUCAGAAGUUAUAUUAGAUGUGUGGGUGAGAAACAGAUCAAUAUUCAAGUGCUUUUUUGCUUGAAAUUCUUCUCCCUGCCAAGUAUUGGGCGUAUGCAUGAAGAAUGUGAAUCACCAUAAACUCAUGUGAAAGUUAUUUGUUUCUCACCCACACCUAUCAUAUCACUUCUGAAGACAUGGAUUAAACCAAUGGAGUCUUCUGGAUUACUUUUAUGCUGCUUUAUGUGAUUUUUGGAGCUUCAAAAUUCUGGCACCCAUUCACCAUUGUAUGGACCAAAAGAGCUGAGAAAUUCUUCUAAAUAUCUUCAUUUGUCAGACACAUCUGGGAUGGCAUGAGGGUGAGUAAAUGAUGAGAGAAUUUUCAUUUUUGGGUGAACUAUUCGUUUAAACAAUAUGUAACCAAAGUUUACAGGGGUGAAUCUCACGAAACCAAUAUGUACAGGUCAUAUUUUCACCCCAAAAGAAAAAAGAAAAAAAGAAAUUAUAUUUUGCAUUAAGAAAAUAAAGCUUAUUUUAGGACCAUUCAUGUUUUUGCUUUGUGAAAAUGAACCCAUUCUCUUUAUCACAAUGUAUCUGGAUAAGUUACCUAGAUUCUUUGUAGAUUUAGAAGUUAGAUAAUGUAUCUUUUUUUUUUUUUUUUUUUUUUUUUUUUUUUUUUUUUUUGCAUUAUGGGAAUGUGGGUUAGGGAGGGAAUGUUCCUGGUUCAAUACAAGUUAAGCUCAGUCGACAGCAUUUGUGGCAUCAUCCCUCGUUUGUAUAUAUAAAAAAAGCAGUUACAGUAAGGCACUUACAACGGAAGUGAAUGGGGGGCCAAUCUAUAAACAUUAAAACACAAAAGAAUAGCCACAAGACAUAAACAAUAUUCUUGUUAACAUGAUUUUAGUGUGAUAAGAUAGCUUUCUAACCUUAUCUAUGUAGUUAUUUCCGAUAUUAAAAUUUUGACGUAAUACUGUAACGUUAAGUUCCUGAUUUUGUCACAUUAAAAAUCAUACAAAAUCAUUGAAACGCAGAUAGUGUUUAUGUGGCUAUACUUUUGAAACAGUGAGUAUUUUAAUGUUUACGGAUUGGUCCCAUUCACUUCCAUUGCAAGCGCUUUACUGUGAUUUUUGCUUUUUUAAAUAAACAAGGGACGAGUCGAUAUAAUUUUUUUGUGGCAAUCAACAUAAUGCUGUCAACUUAGCUUAACUUGUAUUACAAAUUUUUAUUUAUUUUUGAUUUGGGGCUAAAAUCUGACCUAGACAUGUUCUUGAAAGGUUUUAUGAAUUUCAAGUACAGUCUGUCUGUGCAUAUGUUUCUGAGACACCAUAAUAUCACUUCUGUAUUACUGCAAAGACUAGGCUAUAAGCUGUAUGAAUGCAAUCCUAUUCAUGACUGUGUACUGUAUGUCAGUCCGGUGACAGAGGAUCUAAAUGCUUUAUUGUCCGUGUGACAUCUAAGGGCAGAAACAACAUCUACCAACUUAACUGAGCAACCAAAAGUUAUUACGGUUAUUUUGAUUCCAAUGUGGUCAUUGAGCUUUAGCCCUUCAGCUUCAGAGGAGAAAACCUUUUGCUUUUUUCUGUCUGUCUUUUCUGGCCUACUUUCCUGUCCAAGAGGGACAAAGUGUUUUUUAGUGUUUUGAUAGAUUGGACUGAGAGACUGUGAGAUUUUUUUGGUAAGGUAUUCAACAAGCUGGCCAGUCUUCUGUUAGAUUGCUGUUGAAAAUGGUAAACUUCAGCAUUUGCAAAUGAGAUCUGAAUUUGUAUGAUAUAUAUAUAUAUAUAUAUAUAUAUAUAUAUAUAUAUAUAUAUAUAUAUAUAUAUAUAUAUAUAUAUAUAUAUAUAUAUAUAUAUAUAUACACACACACACACACACACACACAGACACAUACAGUACUGGGCAAAAGUUUUAGGCACUUGUGAAAAAUGUUUCAUAGUGAGGAUGUCUUCAAACAUAAUGCCAUAAAUAGUUUUCAUUUAUCAAUUAACAUCAUACAAAGUCCAGUAAACAUAAAAAAAGCUAAAUCAAUAUUUGUUGUGACAACCUCCACCUUCAAAACAGCACCAAUUCUCCUAGGUACACCUAUAAGCAGAUAGGAUAUUCCAAGCUUCUUGGAGAACUUUCCAUAGUUCUUCUAUCUGUUUUGGCUGUUUCAAUUGUUUCUGUCUCUUCAUGUAAUCCCAGACUGACUCGAUGUUGAGAUCCAGGCUCUGUGGGGGCCACACCAUCUGUUGUAGGACUCUUAUAUUCUAUUAUAUUCUAUUUGCAAAAGGAACAUUGGAAGUCUAAAAUGUAUAUUUCCUAUUGACACAUUAAACCUAAAGAUAUAAAUAACCAUCUUAAGACAAAUGCUUUUGUGAAACAUCUUAUGUGCCAAAAACUUUUGCACAAUACUGAAUAUAUAUAUAUAUAUAUAGCUUUCCAUAUGUAAUAGUUGUGGUUGUUUUUUACUUUUUAUUAAUUCUUUUGCAGUGCUUUGUCUGGCAUACAAUAAAAGAAUAUGAUUUUGCAGUUGAA